UUUUUAUCUGGAAGCUGCAUGCUUUAAGUUUGCUACUAUAAAUAGAAACUUCUUCUCCUCCUUGUCUAUCAAGUCACUUGCUUCAAAGAUUUUUUUUCAUCCACAAAAUUGUUAACGUUUCAUUUAAAAACAAAUAAGAAGAUGGGUUUAGUGCGGUCCAUGCUUCCAAAUGCAAAGCAAAUCUUCAAAUCACAAUCUAUGAGGAACAAGAACGGUUCACCAUCAUCAACAACAGCUUCAGGGCUUGUUCCUAAAGGUCACGUAGCGGUUUACGUUGGCGAAAGAACGGAGAAGACGAGGUUUGUGGUUCCGAUAUCAUACUUGAACCAUCCUUUGUUCAGAGAGUUUCUUAAUCGCGCAGAGGAAGAGUUUGGAUUUCAUCAUCCAAUGGGCGGUUUGACGAUUCCUUGUCGAGAAGAAGCGUUUCUUCACCUCAUUACUUCUCAGCAGCUGCAUUGAGGAACGCAUUGAUUAAUUAAUAGUUUUAGUAGGGUUUUGAUGAAUCUUUUUUUUUGUUGUAGAAAUGAAUCUUUUUGUUGUUGUUCUAUCUGAGAAUUAUAUGAAAUUUAGUGUGUGUGUGUAUGACACUUGUUCAAAGUUUGUGUUUCGAAAUAAGAUUUUAA